AAGGCGCACAAUGGCGGCUGCAGGGUCUGAACAUCUGCGUGUGGGCUUCGUGGGCGCAGGUCGCAUGGCGGAGGCCAUCGCCCAAGGCCUCAUUCGAGCAGGCAAAGUGGAAGCUAAGCAAGUGCUGGCCAGUGCACCAACAGACAGGAAUCUCUGUCACUUCAGGGCUCUGGGUUGCCAGACUACUAACUCCAACCAGGAAGUGCUGCAGAACUGUUCACUUAUCAUCUUUGCCACCAAGCCUCAAGUCCUCCCAGAUGUUCUGGCAGAAGUGGCCUCUGUAGUCACUACUGAGCACAUUGUGGUAUCUGUGGCUGCUGGGGUCUCUCUGAGUUCCCUGGAGGAGCUGCUGCCCCCAAAAACACGAGUGUUUCGAGUCUCUCCCAAUCUACCUUGUAUAGUCCAGGAGGGGGCCAUGGUGAUAGCACGGGGCCACCAUGCUGGGAAUGAUGAUGCUGAGCUCCUACAGAACUUGCUGGAGGCCUGUGGACAGUGCAUAGAAGUUCCUGAGUCCUACGUAGAUAUCCAUACUGGCCUUAGUGGCAGUGGUGUGGCCUUUGUAUGCACAUUCUCGGAGGCCCUGGCUGAAGGUGCCAUCAAGAUGGGCAUGCCCAGUGGCCUGGCCCACCGCAUUGCUGCCCAGACCCUGCUGGGGACUGCCAAGAUGCUGCAGCAGGAAGGGAAGCACCCAGCCCAGCUUCGGACAGAUGUGCUCACACCAGCUGGAACCACCAUCCAUGGGCUUCAUGCCCUAGAGCAGGGCGGUCUUCGAGCAGCUACCAUGAGUGCGGUGGAAGCAGCUACCUGCCGGGCUAAGGAACUCAGCAAGAAGUAAGCGGGGCUCCAGGGUGAGACUAUAGGCUCUUUGCCCAGCUACAGUCUUUGAGUAGUGAUUACAGUCCCUUGUGGGUGUUGUAGUGUGCUGCUCUCCACACUUCACGGCCAUCAUUUUCAUCAGAGAAGCUGUGACUACUUAUAAGAGACCCUUAAGAUUGGGCCUGUUACCUGUGACAUUCAGUGAAGGAGGCAGGGAUUUGACCCUCAUCUGUGAUUCUAGCUCCUCCCUCUGCACCUCUCAGCCAGCUGUAAUUGUAUUCCAAUUGCACAUUGCCUCAUGGCCUCAGGAGGUGGUAGACUAUAUAGCCCGUGGAAGACUAACUGAAGAAGGAGAUGUUUCCGUCUUUGCAGAUAUGGGGGACAUCAUCAUCCAUGCUGGCAUGAAAUAUUUUCAUGAUGUGGCUGCUCCUGUAAGCCCAAUAAAC